AUGUCAACAAUAUACAUCCUGGAAUUAGGUGGAGGCCUUCGUAAAUGGCAAAAACCGUCCUUGAGUCUGUGGGAUUCCACCUUACUGUUGAUCAAGAUACUUGAACCUUCUAGCAUAAACAUCUUGGUUCUUCGUCUUCUGUUUUGCAAAGUAAGAUUUUCUCCAGGUAUCUGCAUAGAUAUAAUGGUGAUCGACUGUGCAGUAGAGCCAGCUUGUUGGAGAAAAGGCAAAAGGGCUGCACCAUGCAAGAUCAGCAUCUGCAUGAUAUCAGUGAUAUGUAUCUAUGGACAAGGUUGGAACGCAGGUUUAAACAGGCAGCGUUUCCAGGGGAGGGCGAAUGACGUGACUAGUGCCAUGGCCUCAAAUAUACUCAUCAGAAACGAAAGAUCCGCAUCGGUGUUUGAUGGAGUUGAGUAG